UCCCUCAGUUGGGGUAAUUAGUGUUCUGAGAAUUAAUUACUAUCUAUUAUGUGGGGUGAUUAUUGUUCUGAGUGUUAAUUCAUCCCUCUGGUGAAGUAAUUAGUGUUCUGAGUGUAAAUUACCAGCCCUCUGAUGGAGUAAUUAGUGUUGAAUAAGAAAAAACAUUCCCUCUGGUGAAAACAAAUUCCCUCUGGUGGCCUCCGUUCCAGCAGAGGGGACCCAAUAUGCUGCUGCAAACUUCAAUCUCUUGUUAAAAGAUAAGGUUGCUGUCUAUAUGUUUAUAAAAAGGGUGUAUUGAACAAGAUUAUAGGCAGACUUUUACAAUCUUCAGAGCAAGUAACAAGUCUUCAUCAAACUAAAUGGAACCCAUAAGCCAUAAUGGACAGGAACCCGAAAGCAUAAGCCAUAAUGGACUGAAAAAGAUUCUUGUGAUUGGUAAGACAGGAACUGGGAAGAGUUCUCUCUGCAAUGUACUCGCAGGAAAGGAGUGUAAUGCUGAUUAUUUUCCAACUUCCUCAGAUCCUACAUCCUGUACCCAGGAAACUAAGUUUGCUAAUGUAUUCUUAAAUGGAGACAAAAAUAAACCAGUCUCCCUCAUAGAUACCAUAGGGUUUGAUGAUCCUACAAAAGAUCAUGAUGCUACAAUUAUAGCUGAACUUGCAGUCAAGCUGAAUACCAGAUGUGAUUAUGUCAAUCUGUUUGUCCUUGCAGUUAAUGGACAGAACCCAAGACUAGAUGGAUCCCUGCUGACAAUGAUCAGGAUAUUGGAAGGAAUGUUUUCCAAAGACUUUUGGAAUCAGAUCGUUCUUGUUUUUACUCGCAUGCCGAUGAGUCUGAGAGAUAAGGAAAGGAGAGAAAAAAUUAACAGGAAAACAGAUGCUCAACUUGCAGCAGACUUCAUAAAGGUUGUGGAGGAACAGUUUAGGGAUUGCAGCGGACUACGCUAUCUUUACAUGGAUGCAACUUAUGAAAAAUAUGAUGAUGAUGAGGAAGCUGCAUUUAAUUCUGCUUGUUUUAAGCUUAAUGAAAUGUUAGAAGAGUUACCUGGGCUCCCGACAGAGAAUGUAAAGAAGGUUGAAACAGACAAUGUACUUUUGCAACAAAAAAUUAAAGAAAAGGAAAAGGAAAUGAUGAAAAAGGGUGAGGUCGUUGGUAUGGUUGUUGGCGCGGCAGUUGGUGCACUGCUACUGGCAUUUCUGUUGGGGCCAAUGUUGGGGGCACUGUAGGGGAACUGGUUGCUAAAAUUGAACUUAAGAGGCCAGGUCCCAAUGAAGAAAAUCUGGAAAAGGAUACAGACAAAGAAUCAACCAAACCGGUUUUUCCGACGAAAUUACAGGUUUUGAU